AUGGAUGGUGGUAUACGCCCGCCGCAGCAGGCCAACCACCAGCCACCGCCGCCGACCGCCCACCGAGGUCGUCUUCAGCCGCCGCGGGUCCCGGCGUCACCAUCAGGUCGGUUUGGCCGCCCGCCACAGCAGCCCAUCCACCAACCGCCGCCGCCGGUCGCCCAGCGAAGGUGUCGGUCGGGCCGCCAGACACAGCGGACCAACCACCAGCCGCCGCCACGGGCCGCCCACCGCAAGCGUCUCCAGCCGCCGGAGCCCCCGACGCCGCCAUCAGGCCGGUCUGGCCGGCCGCCGCAGCAGGCCAGCCACCAACCGCCGCCGCCGACCGCCCAUCGAGGUCGUCCACAGCCGCCGCAGGUCCCGACGCCACCAUCAGGCCAGUCUGGCCGCCCGCCACAGCAGGCCAGCCACCAGCCGCCGCCGCCGGCCGCCCAUCGAAGGCGUCUCCAGCCGCCGGAGGCUCCGGCGCCACCAUCAGGCCGGUCUGGCCGGCCGCCGCAGCAGGCCAGCCACCAGCCGACACAGCGGACCAACCACCAGCCGCCGCCGCGGGCCGCCCACCGAAGGCGUCUCCAGCCGCCGGAGGCCCCGACGCCGCCAUCAGGCCGGUCUGGCCGCCCGCCGCAGCAGGCCAGCCACCAACCGCCGCCGCCGACCGCCCAUCGAGGUCGUCCACAGCCGCCGCAGGUCCCGACGCCACCAUCAGGCCAGUCUGGCCGCCCGCCACAGCAGGCCAGCCACCAGCCGCCGCCGCCGGCCGCCCACUGA